AUGAAGUCGAUUCUUGCUUUGCUCGCGCUCUUGCCGCUUGCGACGAUGGCCAAGUCGGUGCCGGACUGGCAAGUGUGCAACUCGGCCACGGACAAAUGUGUGUCCAAGGGCUGGAUCUGCUGCGUCGCCGCCGACACCCCCAACUCGAAAACCAAAACGUGCCGCUCGGGUGCCUCGCAGUGCCUCUCGUCCGUCCCCAA